UCAACUUGCGGAAUCCCGUUUUUAAGGAGACUGCAUGAAAGAGAGGGAGGGAACAAUGAAGAUGAUGUUAACAUUCAUGUCCGUACACAGGAAGCGUAAAUUUAGUUAUAAAAGGGCAUCAUUGUUUACCGAACUAAGUUCAUUUCGAGUUCCAUCUUCAUAUAUCUUGCUCUUUCAUUGAAAGUACCUUCUUCUCAACCAUUUCAUAUUCCUUAAUUAUCCCAGGGAAGGAGAUGAGCUGGGGAGGGGACUGGAUGUGUGGAGCAUGCCAAUACAUUAACUUCAAGAAGCGAGAGAUAUGCCAAAGCUGUGGAUUUUCUAAGUAUGGUGGGCAGGAUGAUGCCUCAGCAUAUGGACACAACACCGCCACCAACAGGACACAAGUGUUGGCAGGGGACUGGUACUGCCAGUCUAUGAACUGUGGGGCCCACAACUAUGCUAGCAGGACGAGCUGCUACAGGUGCGGCGCGCAGAAACCUGAAUGUGCUCGUGGAUGCUGUGGAGCUAGCAAUGUCAUGUCCUCCGGUGCAGGGUAUGGUUCUGAGGCUACCCCUCCUGGAUGGAAAUCUGGUGACUGGAUUUGCACUGGACCAGGAUGUGGGAUGCACAAUUAUGCCUGCAGGAUGGAAUGCUUCAGCUGCAAGACACCGAGGAAUUUUGGAGGAAUGUACUAACAGAACUAUCCACAAAUCUGCUUUCCUUAUCGUCGUUUAUGAAUCUAAUAUCAUCGAUAAUGUAAUCAAACUAGCACUAACUAGGAAGUGCUUAGUCCCUGUCUGUAAUGAAGCUAUAUAAAGCUCUUGGAGACUAGCUUGUAAUUUGACUUACAAAAUUAUUAUAUACGAAGUACGAAGUA